GUCAAGUAGCCCCGGGAACAGCCGGCGCUUCGGAGCCGGUGGGCGGCCGGAGGCCGGAGCGCUCGGCCGGUUCCCGCUGGACCUCGGCCAGUGCCCGCGCGGCCGCGUUCCCGCAGCGCUGUCCACGUCGGCCCGCCAUGCGCCCGCCGGCCCCGGCCGUGCUGGGGCUGCUGCUUCUGAUGCUGCUGUCGCCCGGGGAGGCCACCAAGAAGCCGACGCCCUGCAAGCGAUGCCGGGAGCUGGUGGACAAGUUCAACCAGGGAAUGGUGGACACAGCAAAGAAGAACUUUGGUGGUGGAAACACGGCUUGGGAGGAAAAGACGCUGUCCAAGUAUGAAUUCAGUGAGGUCCGCCUGCUGGAGAUCAUGGAGGGCCUGUGUGGGACCAGCGACUUCGAGUGCAACCAGCUGGUGGAGGAGCACGAGGGGCUCCUGGAGACCUGGUGGCUGCGGCUGAAGAAGAAGUAUCCUGCCUUAUUUGAAUGGUUUUGUGUGAAAACACUGAAAGCGUGUUGUGCUCCAGGAACUUACGGGCCAGACUGCCUGGCGUGCCAGGGUGGGUCCGAGCGGCCCUGCAGCGGGAACGGCCACUGCAGCGGAGACGGUAGCAGACAGGGCGACGGGUCGUGCCAGUGCCACCCGGGGUACCGGGGACCGCUGUGCGCCGACUGCAUGGACGGCUACUUCAACUCGCUGAGGAACGAGACGCACAGCACCUGCUCAGCCUGUGACGAGUCCUGCAAGACGUGCACGGGCCCUACCAACAGAGACUGCGGCCAGUGCGAAGUGGGCUGGGCGCGGGAGGACGACGCCUGCGUGGAUGUGGACGAAUGCGCGUUGGAGCCGCCCCCCUGCAAGGACCAGCAGUACUGCGAGAACGUCAACGGCUCCUUCGUGUGCCAGGAAUGUGAUUCUACCUGCGUGGGAUGCACAGGGAAGGGUCCUGGACAGUGUAAAGAGUGCAUCCCCGGCUACUCGAAAGAGAGCGGCCAGUGCGCAGACAUUGACGAGUGCUCGCUGGCAGAAAAGCCCUGUCUGAGGAGGAACGAAAACUGCUACAACACGCCCGGAAGCUUCGUCUGCGUGUGCCCCGAGGGCUUCGAGGAGGCCGAGGACAUCUGUGUGCAGACGGGGCCGGCGGGGGCCGAAGCCACAGAAGCAAGCCCAACACAGCCGCCGUCCCAUGAAGAUUUAUGAUGUGCAGCCACGUCAGAAGUCACACCCGCCCUUUAAAUUAUUCAGACUGUUGUCCUGGACGUGGCCCUUCAUGUCACACCAUCGCUCCAGGGGAAGCUGCUUUCAUUGAAACGGCUGAUGCUUAUUUGACCCUUAAAAAAGCUGCAUUUCUUGGUUGUUCUUAAACAGAUUUGUAUAUUUUGAUACCGUUCUUUAUAAUAAAAUUGGCCACUGAAUGUA